AUGGAGUCAGAUUGGGAUGAGGUCGCCCGCGUUGUGCUUCCUCCACCAAGUCCAAAUGCCUUGAAUACACCCAUCAGCACUUUUUCUUUUGAUUCUAUGCAAGAGCUGUUAUGGACCGCAAACGAAUUUGGUCGAAUCACAUCAUUUUAUGGGCCCGAGCUCCAAAGAUAUACCUCAUAUCGAGGCCAUGCGUCCGCCGAAGGACCCGUCAAGCAAAUGCUGAUGUGCGACCGAGGUGUCAUAUCGAUAACAGCGAAGAGCGUACAUCUCGCCUCACGGAAGGGACUAACACAAUGGCAUUUCAACCAAGAUGACAUGAAAGAUCUGCGAUGCAUGGCAUUCACCUCAAAAGGUGUUCAUGAAGUGUUGGUCGCUGGUUGCCAAGAGACGAUGUAUAAAAUCGACGUCGACAAGGGGGUCAUCACCUCAACACUCAAAGCAGAUGCGCCAUACACCAUGAUGAAGCGUGGCGGACAGUACAUAUGUGCUGGUACAGCUGACGGCUUCGUUCAUUUUCUAGAUCUCAUCAACUACAAGGUCGCCCGGACAUGGAAGGCACAUUCAGCUUUCAUCAAUGACAUGGACGCCAGGUCCGAUAUCCUUGUCACUUGCGGAUGGUCUUCAAGGCCACAGCAUGGCUAUAUGUUAGACCAUCUCGCAAAUGUCUUCGACUUGAAGACAUUGAUGCCGCUGCCUCCAGUUCCAUUCCCACCAGGGGCAGCCUUUGUCCGGAUGCACCCCAAAAUGUCGACUACUUGCCUGGUUGCCUCACAAGGAGGACUCAUCUAUGCUAUCGACAUCAUGAAUCCGGAUGCUCCUAGCAUGCGACAUGCAAAUGUGUUCGACACCCACAUUACAUCAUUGGAUAUUGCACCUUCAGGAGACGCUCUCGUGCUUGCUGAUGCUCAAUGCGCCAUGCAUCUUUGGGGUUCGCCUAACAAGAUACAAUUCACGGAAUACGGUAGCCCGACUGAAUUUGCGGAUCAGCCGGCACCUGCGCCGCCCAUGGACUGGUCAGCAGACAUUCCUCUGAAUAUAAUCGGCAUGCCAUACUACCGAGAAAUGCUGUUUUCAGCUUGGCCAAGCCAUCUUGUGUCUGAAGUCGGAGCACCACCGAGCAAGAUUGACGCUGGGAUCAUCGCCUCACUGAAGCGAUCAGAUAUCGGCGGUUACGCACCAUUCCCACGUAAGACGCGGAGAUAUCAAUUCGAAGACACAAGAGCAGUCCAGAGAGCACACGAUACACUUUCGGCGCCGCGAUUCCUCAGCGAACGGCAGAAGGACGACUCACAAGGUCAUGAAGGCCCGCGAAGGAUGUCAGAUGCGCUUGAGGCUCUGGGCGAUCUUGCCCUUGGCGGAACUACACGAAGGGAUGUUCCCGUAAUGUACCGAAACGUCGAGAUCAAAUAUAGUAAAUUUGGUGUAGACGAUUUCGAUUUUGAGUACUACAACAAAACGAAGCACUCUGGACUGGAAACCCACAUCGCAAACUCGUACACUAAUCCGUUACUACAACUUCUGCGCUUCACCCCAACAAUACGCAAUCUAGCACUUCACCAUACAGCAACGUCUUGCCUCUAUGAUAACUGCUUACUCUGUGAGAUGGGCUUCUUGACAGACAUGCUGGAAAAGGCUGCGGGUAUGAACUGUCAAGCUAGCAACUUCCUCAAGGUAUUCAGCAGCUUGUCGGACGCCUCUACACUUGGACUUCUCGAACAAUUUGCGACUGCCAAUAACCCACUCUCCGUCACGAUACAAGCCGCGAACAGAUUUCUGCUGAAGGUCUUCUGCGAUAGUUUCAGGCAGCUACCUCCGCACAACAGGCACAUGGAACAGUCUUUGACGACAGGCGCUUUGCUGGCAAUAAGAUGCGGACAUUGCGCUAAUGAGAUGCUCAAGCCUGGCGAAACACUCGUUCAUGAUCUGGUAUAUCCCCCGAAGCCACUAAAACAUCACCCACGCAUGACACCACCCAGACCAGCAUUUUCUCAGGUUCUCAAAGCCAGUGUUGAACGUCAAGAUCAGACUAGAGGUUGGUGUGACCGAUGCAAACGGUACCAGCAACUCAGCACCCGCAAGACCAUUCAGAGCAUUCCCAAGGUCUUGAUGGUCAACACUGCUAUCCAUUCGCCAGACCACAAGCAAUUAUGGGCAACACCAGGAUGGCUGCCGCAAGAAAUUGGUGUCGUAGUACAGAACGGACAGUUCUUCUGCUACGAAGGAUCCGACCUCAAGUAUCAUUUGCAGCGAGGAUUCUAUGACAUCAUGGUCUAUGAGCUUGUUGGUAUGGUCGUUGACAUCAACAGCGCAGACAACCAGAAGUCUCAUCUUGUGUCGUUGAUCAAUGUCGCACCGUCUUCGCCUGACCCAACCGACCAAGACCAAUGGCACUUGUUCAACGAUUUCCUUGUCAGAUCCACAACUUCUGAAGAGGCUCUACGGUUCGACAUGAAUUGGAAACUACCUUCUAUCCUGACUUAUCAAGCCAAGUCGGAAUCUCACGUCAUUGAUGAUUCUUGGAAAGAAAAUCUCGAUCCGUCUCUUCUUUACUACCUGCCCAGAGGACCGCACAAAUCCCCCGACCCAACAGUGCUGCGCAACCUCAACCCAACGACCGAGCUUCCCCGUGCUGGCAUGCCAUGCGCUAUUGAUGCUGAAUUUGUUGCUCUCUCGAAGGCCGAGAUUGACAUCAAGGCAGAUGGUACUCGCGAAACCGUUCGUCCACCUCGGCUUGGCCUGGCUCGUGUAUCAGUACUGCGCGGCGCAGGGCCAUACGAAGGAUUGCCCUUCAUUGACGACUACAUUGCGAGCUCUGAGCCUGUGGUCGACUAUCUGACCGCGUACUCGGGCAUCAAUCCAGGUGAUCUUGACCGCGCUGUCAGUAAACACAAUCUGGUCAAUCUCAAAGUGGCCUACAAGAAGCUGUGGCUGCUACUGAAUCUGGGAGUUGUGUUUGUGGGUCACGGUUUGCCAAAGGAUUUUCGCAUCAUCAAUAUUCACGUUCCACGAGCGCAAGUCGUAGACACGGUCGAUCUGUUCUCACAUCGUCUCCGCAGUCAGCGCCGUUUGUCACUACGCUUCCUGGCCUGGUAUCUACUUCGAGAAGAGAUUCAACAGAACGCCGACAAAGGUCAUGACAGUGUGGAGGAUGCCCGUACAGCACUCAAACUCUGGCGCAAGUACCAGGAAUUCAUGGACGCAGGUAUCAUCGAAAACAUGCUCGAUGACAUCUUUGAUCGCGGCAGAGAGACUAAUUUCAAGCCGCCGUCAGUCUACAAGACGGAAAGAGAUAAUGGUGAGUGGAGACCUGAGACUCCUGGACAUAUGAGCGUGCCAGGUACGCCAGCUAGGAAAACGGUGGGACCUGCACUGCUUGGAGGAGCCAGUCAUUCUCCCUCGGUCAAGAAAGACAUUUUCGGAAGCCCGAUUCGGUGA